UAUAGCUGGUUGUUGUCUUGUUGCGUGCGUUCCUUCUGGCCGCGCGGCGGUGACAGGCUUGACAGCUUGGUGUCCUGCUCCGUCUUCGUUAGCUGUCAGAACACCCCAGCGAGGGAAUGCCCCGCUAUGUUCGACUUAAGCCGUGGCUGGAACCUGUCCUUCGCUGGUUGCGGCUUCCUGGGCAUUUAUCAUAUCGGAGUAGCCAGCUGUCUGCUGGAGAAAGCUCCGUACCUUAUCAAAGAGGCCACUAAGCUGUAUGGGGCUUCGGCCGGUGCGCUGACCGCCUCGAUGCUCGCCAGCGAGGCACCCAUAGCUAAAUGCUGUGAAGAUGUGAUUGAGGUGGCUAAGGAGGCCAGAAAGAGAAACCUGGGCCCUCUUCAUCCAACUUUCAACCUGAUUAAGGUGUUAAGGUCUGGCCUGAAUCGUAACCUGCCCUCUGACGCGCACACCCUGGCCUCAGAGCGACUGUGCGUCUCUCUGACCAGAGUGUCUGAUGGGGAGAAUGUGCUCGUGUCAGAGUUUGACUCCAAAGAUGAGCUCAUUCAGGCGCUCAUCUGCAGCUGUUUUAUCCCCAUCUACUGUGGACUGAUCCCUCCGUGCUUCAAAGGAGUGCGUUACGUAGACGGUGGGAUCAGUGAUAACCUGCCACAGUCAGAGCUGAAGAACACCAUCACCAUCUCUCCUUUCUCUGGCGAAAGUGACAUCUGUCCACGGGAUAAGUCCACCAGCUUUCAUGAGCUGCGUUUCACCAACACCAGCAUCCAGAUGAACAUGGGCAACAUGUACCGCCUCAGCAGGGCUCUCUUUCCACCAGAACCCAAGGAGGAAGGAGUUCCAAAGACGGGGGGCAGAGCAGCAGAAAGGCCUGCGCCCCACGGUGGCCAGCCGGGGGGAAGGGAUGGAAAGAGAAAGAGAGGAGGAGGAUCUGAGACACCGAGAAGGAAUGGUGAUCUGAACCAGGUCAGAGAGGUGCUGGCUGAGAUGUGUCAGAGCGGUUAUAAAGAUGCUCUACGCUUUCUUGAAGAGAACAACCUGCUUGCACUGGAGUGUCCCACUGCUGGCCCUUCCCUACCAGAGAGCUCGAUCAGCUGCUGCAACAAUACUGAAACAACCAAGGAGUGGGUGCUCCGAAGGCUCCGACUACUUCGUAAACAGCACUGUAGGCUGGAUGAACACAUUAGUCUGCCUACUUCAAUCAAGAAAGUGUUCUGUGAGGCCUGCCAAGAGAGAUCCGGACUGUAUGGCAGGGUAUCUGGGAUGCUGCCAGUAAGGGUGGCCUCCUACAUGCUCAUGCCAUACACACUUCCUGUACAGUCAGCAUACUCAGUGGCCCAGAGGUUUGUAGAGUGGAUCCCAGAGGUGCCCGCUGAUGUCCGUUGGCUGUUUGAGGUGGCAGGUGAUGUGUACCGACAGGCCUGGAAAGGGGAACAAGCCAGCGCUAUGAGUGAGCCCUGCCUGAGGAAAUGCCUGAGUGUUCCACCGCUAUCUUCGGAGUGUGAGCCCAGUCAGAAAGAUAUCCCACCUGCUCUUUCCUCUGUCGAGCUCCACAGCAACUACUGGGAAAUCCCCAAAUCUACCUUCUCCUCGUCUCAUCAGAGACAUCCAGCCAUCGAUCCCUCCUCACCACAGGAUGUCUGCUUCUUUGUUGGCAUCCAAGAUGAACCUUAGAGCGUUCACAACGGUCAGAUGCUCCAGGACCUGAACUUUAACAGAAACACGGUCUAAUGUCAGCUCUCUUGUUGAGACAAGGAUGGAUUGUUGGAUGGUAGAAAUUUUAGCCAAUAAUCACUGGUGUGUAUCUGUUUUUUACACUGACUCUGAACACUCCAUCCAGUGCAAAGAGUAUUGUACUUCUGUGAUGUGUUUUAUGACCUAAAUCAGUGCGCAGCACAGUAUGAUAUCUAUCUACUUCCCUAACUAUUUUUAAGUUUAAAAUAUGCAAACAUAGGAACCAUCCUGGUGCAUUUAAUCACAGCUUCUUUCUUUCCCUUCAAAUAUUGACUCUUUGUCCAUUUCACCACGCUGAUGGACUUGUACCGUUGAGUGAGAUCUCCAAGGUUUGUGGUCCCAAUCACUAAUUUAAAGGUUUUUUUCAGUAUAUAAUGAUUUUAAUUUUCUAAAUAAUGCUCCACAGAGUAAAACGGGUACCAGAGAAGGCGGGGCUACCGUGUGAAGGUGUCCUUUGGUUGUCAGUGCGAUUAAAAUUCCAGAGUGACUGAUUAUAUUCAAUAUAAUGUGAAACUAGGGACUGAGACCGCAAAGUCAUCAGGAGUCUUUUUUUAGGUCAUAGCUGAAAGCUGUUUUACUAAAAAGAGACUUUUUGUAACAACAGGAGUCAGCCUGUGGUGGCCUUUAAGGAGAAUGCAAGUUUAAGGCACUUCCUUAUUGCCUUUAACACCUGAAAUCUGUUUUAUUUAUCUGUAAGUCUAUGGCUCUAAUGUUACAAAUCUUGGUACAACAGUCCUUAGCAUUAAUCCAGGUGAUCUUUCCAGGAUUUGUGAGUAAAACCAAGUUGUUCACUUAAUUGGAACAAUACCAAAAUAGGUAACUCUUCAUCAGUACUGCAUAAGGAGAGGCUAUUUCACAUUAAUGGGCAGAGUUAUGUGUGAUGAUGGGUCUGGGGUAAAAAGCUGUUCCUGAGACUGGUUGUCUAUUAUUUGGUGGCCGCUUACCGUCAGGCGACUCUUCUAAGCUGAUGAUGACCUGGAUGUGAUGAGUGUCUGAGAAUGUUAGUGGUUCUGUUUUGGCAGCGGUGUCUGUAGAUAUGUUCAAGGGAGGGAAGAAGGCAGCCGAUGCCGUUUUGUGCAGUAGCAAUGACCCAUGCCCAAAUUACUAGUCGGCCACUGAAAACUGAUGAAAAAUGUUUCUGCUAGAGAAAAUGCACUGAAGCUGACAUUUUCAGGUUAAAGGCUGGUUCUGGUCCUGGGCCAGCUAGGCAAAGGGGAAUGCAAUCAGUGGUACAAGUCACAUCAGCCCAUUACCUCUGGCCAAUAAUGCAGUGCAUAGGCUGAAUGCUGAUUGGCUGAAAGGAAGGGGUCAACUGAAAAGGGAAUGACCACAGCCCACUUAAUCUGCAGUACAAAGAAUUUCUUUGUGCACUAUGAAGUCUGUAAUUCCAGCAAAAGGACCAACACAACCACAAACAAGAGUGGCCUAUGUUCCAGUUAUUAAACAGUACGUGUAUAUUUUUAAACUAUAACAGCAAUGUCAAGUUGUUUGCAUCUGCAAAGUCCUAUGUAGCAGCACCAACCAUGCUGGAGCCAAUACGUGCCAUUUUUAUAGGACAAACCCACAGUUUCAGCAUGGACGAAGACAUGCUCCAGUAUACCACAAAACUUUACAAACUUUUAAAACUACAAAAUUAAGUCCAAAAUUGAAAACAGGCUCGUUUUAAUUCCCUUCUUUUAAGUUUAAAAAAUCAACUCAAUAUGCCAUUUCUCAGAGAUUUGCUGGUAGUUACGUGGUCAGAUCCUGAAAUAUUUUUUGUUUCCCGCAAAUGUAAAGUUAUGUUAAAGCACUGUGAUAUUUCAAGAUUAAACAAUUGAUAAUU